AGAAAAACUCAGAGUUGGGUGGCGCCGACGAGACGAGUUCUACUGACUCACUUAGCAAAGCUCUCGAGUAGUCCAGUUCCUUCGCGCCUUUCUUCAACUGCAGGACGCCGACGCUAGUGAACCUAAAACGUUCCGCUCUUCGAAACCCUAAAUCUCUCUCCAUCUCUCCGACUGCACCGCUCGGAACCCCACCGCACUAGCUUGCACUCUCAUGAGAGUUUAAGUUCCUGUCCGCUGCUUAUUUGCUCGCCGUCUGUUCUGCAGCCGCAGCGGCUCACGAAGAGAAAGAGGUUGAGUGGAAGGAAGAGGAGAGAGAGAGGAUGGUGUUUGGGCAAGUGGUUAUCGGUCCACCCGGAUCAGGAAAGACUACUUAUUGUAAUGGCAUGUCUCAGUUCCUCCAGCUGAUUGGAAGGAAAGUUGCUGUCAUCAAUUUGGAUCCUGCCAAUGAUAUGUUGCCGUAUGAAUGUGCUGUAAAUAUUGAGGAACUUAUCAAACUAAGCGACGUGAUGAUGGAGCAUUCUCUUGGGCCUAAUGGAGGUCUUGUGUACUGUAUGGAUUACCUAGAGAAGAACAUUGAUUGGCUGGAAUCUAAGCUGAAACCUCUUUUAAAAGAUCACUAUCUUCUCUUUGAUUUCCCUGGCCAGGUGGAGUUAUUUUUCCUUCACUCAAAUGCCAAGAGAGUUAUAGAGAAACUUGUAAAGAAGUUGAACCUCCGUUUGACUGCAGUGCAUUUAAUUGAUUCCCAUCUAUGCAGCGAUCCAGGCAAAUAUAUAAGUGCUCUGCUUCUCUCUUUAUCGACCAUGCUACAUUUGGAACUCCCACACAUCAAUGUCUUGUCUAAGAUCGAUCUUAUUGAAAGCUAUGGGAAGCUAGCUUUUAAUCUUGAUUUUUACACGGAUGUGCAAGAUUUAUCCUAUCUACAGCAUCAUCUAGACCAGGAUCCUCGCUCUGCAAAGUACAGGAAGCUUACGAAGGAACUUUGCAAUGUAAUAGAAGAUUAUAGUCUCGUCAAUUUUACUACUCUGGAUAUCCAGGAUAAAGAAAGUGUUGGGAACCUCGUGAAGCUGAUAGACAAGAGCAAUGGCUAUAUAUUUGCUGGUAUGGAACCUAGUGCUGUUGAAUUCAGCAAGAUAGCCAUUGCUCCGGUUGAUUGGGACUACUACAGAGUUGCAGCAGUGCAGGAGAAGUACAUGAAGGAUGAUGACAAUGAUGAUAAUUAACAGGAAGAAGUUAUUGUUAGUUCUCAUGCAGUUGAAAGAUUUUCGGGUCAACUUUGCGGUUUGAAGUUGCUUUGUGAUGUGCAUUAGGUGGAAACUGUGAGUAUUCUGGUGAAAAGAUUGCUGCUUCAAAUCUUCCUCCAACCAAUGUCUUCAGAUGAGCACAACAUGCCCGUCAAAAAUCAGGGAACUUACCUGCUCUCAGAUUUAGGCAUCCAUGUAGAGUUUAAUAUGAAUUAGGUGAGAUUUCUUAACUUUAAAAAUGUUCAACCAUGACUUUGCUGGGGAAGCUGUAGAAUUUGGAAGCUGGGAGUGACUUGAAAGAAACUUGUUAGGUGUUGUUACCCACACUUGUCAUGGCAAUGUUCAAAUGCAGAUGUAAAUGUUGGCUCUUUCUCGAGUUACAUAGCAUUUUAAGUCAACCGUGAAUGACUUGAAAACACUUGUUAGGUGUUGUUACCUCCACUUGUUAUCCGGCAAAGUUCUAUUGAGAUGUUGACUUGGAUUUCUUUGAGCUUAUGGCAUGUGUCAA